AAUGUCAUCGUUAUUUAUCAGCCAUCACCAUGAAUUUUAUAUCAAAUACCUUCCACGAUCGCCUAUUCUAUAUGCCACUAAAUUUCAGUUGAUCAUACAAUCCAAACAAACGAUGAAGCUUCUCCGGCUUCUAGCUCUGUGCGUCCACCUAAACAUUGUACCAUGCACCCCGGCAAAUGUCCCGGUAUCACCAUGUCCGAACAUUUUCCAAUACGCCAAAGACAUUAAGACUCACGUCGUCUUCGGAACUAUUGUUGUUAAGGGAUAUCGUGCCGCUUUUAACAACACCUUGGAGGUGAUCCUCUCAAUGCCAUCGGUCGUGCACUCAACGGGUUCAUUGGAGUUACUGAAUAUCCACGAGCUACCACGGAACGCAGCCAAACUGCGAGUCUCCUUGUCCCAUCCAUUGCCCAGUUUGGUUUCUAUCAAGCUGAAUGAGAAGAUUCUAUGCACUGGACCAGCUGCGCAAGGACAGCGGAUAACUACCAUCAAGUUGCAUCAUUACACAAACCUUCACGCGUUGCCCGCGGGUGAACAUAAUGUUGGUGAUGAUUUUGGUAGUAUCGAUGAAAAUCAGAAUCCCGGAAUGCACCCAUUGAGCCAUGCCAAAUUUGGUGGCGGAGAACAUACAUCGCUCUCGUACAAACAAAUUUGUGGACAACCUGUUAAUCGAGCCGUACCGUUGAUGUUCAAAGGAACAAAAACCCGUCGAGGUGAAUGGCCUUGGCUGAGUGCAUUAUACUACAAGAACAACGGCCUAGGCUCACUGCAGUUUCGCUGCGGAGCGACUCUUAUCUCCGACAAAAUUUUACUAACCGCUGCCCAUUGUCUUCUGGUGGAGAAUUUGAACACUCGCCUGCAUGCCGAUGAUAUAUUGGUUUCACUUGGACGUUACAACAUCAUGGAUUGGACUGAGAUCGAUUCGAGAACGAUCAACCCUCGUGCUCUUGUGAUACACUCGGGCUUCCGUGGGGAUGCUUUCGACUACGACAUUGGAGCCGUUAUUCUUCCUAACGAAAUCACCUAUACCAACUCGAUUAGACCCAUCUGUGUUUGGUCAGAAUCCGACGAGGAAUCGCUCAUCGUCGGUAAGCUGGGUACCGUCGUUGGUUGGGGCUUCUCCGAGUCUGGAAUAAUCUCUGACAUCCCUAAGAGUGCCCAAGUCCCAAUAGUGUCAGAAGUGGACUGCGUCCGGUCCGACAUCGGAUUCCAGCUGACAACAUCUAAGCGUACAUUUUGCGCAGGAGGUCAAGGCGCAGGACCGUGCCAGGGUGAUUCGGGUAGCGGACUGUUCGUGUUGCGUGGGGGCCGUUGGGUUCUGAGGGGCAUCGUCUCCUAUGCACUUAUCGACCCGGACACGGGCAAAUGUGAUGCGCGUAAAUAUACCGUCUACACGGAUGUAGCCAAGUAUCACGAAUGGAUGGAGGAUCACAAUCUUCAGGUUUCAUGAGGUUGCCACUGGCGCCACCCCCGUCGAGCAGCCAAUGAUGGGAGCACAAGAAAAAUAUCAAUAAAAUCGAGAGUCUGAUAGUAAAACCAUGCGCGCGGUAUCGAAUUACGAACAACGCGAGGAUCGCUAAGUUAAGAAUAAUGAUCCCAUUAGAAGGCCAGCAGAGUCGCC